AUGCCGCAGCAACUUGCGCCGAAAGAAGCGGCGCAAUUCCGACAAGUCAUCCGCAGCUAUGAAGACAAACAAUACAAGCGAGGGCUUAAAACUGCAGAUCUAAUUUUGAAGAAGAACCCGAAGCAUGGAGACACAAUGGCCAUGAAAGCCCUGAUCCUCAACAGCCAGAGCAAAACCGAGGAAGCAUUUGCUCUCGCCAAGGAAGCACUGACCGCUGAUAUGAAGUCACAUAUUUGUUGGCACGUCUACGGGCUACUCUAUCGGUCGAAUAAGAAUUUCGAAGAAGCAAUCAAGGCGUAUAAGUUUGCUCUCAGGUUGGAACCAGAGUCGGCACAGAUCCAGAGGGAUCUAGCAAUUCUCCAGAUUCAAAUGCGGGAUUUCCAAGGGUAUAUUCACAGCCGCAACUCCAUGCUUCAAGCUCGACCGCAGCUCCGCCAGAACUGGACUGCUCUUGCCAUAGCCAAUCAUCUCGCCGGCAAUCUGCCCGAGGCUGAAAAUGUCUUGACAACCUAUGAGGGCACUCUCAAGGCUACGCCGUCACGUAACGAUGUCGAGCAUUCAGAGGCAGUCAUGUAUAAAAACUCGUUGAUUUCUGCGCAAGGAGACUAUGGGCGUGCCUUGGAACAUUUGAAUACUGCCUGUAAGCACAACCUGGAUCGGCUGGCCGUGAUGGAAAGCAGGGCCGAAUACUUGGCCAAGCUGGGGCGGAAUGAAGAAGCUGCUACAGCUUACCGAGCGCUGCUCGAUCGAAAUCCGGAUCAUGCAAUGUAUUACGAGAAGCUGGCAUCUGUUUUGAAAAUUCCCCAAAAUGGUUUCAUGGCACGAAAGGCGCUGUAUGAUGAGUAUGCAGAGAAGUUCCCCCGAUACCCUUCACUUUUUCAAUAUGGUGGCUUACAAGAAAUAGGUGAUGAGUUCAACCAAGCAGCUGAGGCCUACCUCACGCUAAUGCUGAACAAGGGAGUACCCUCCACGUUCGCAAAUUUGAAGCAUAUGUACUCUGAUUCGGUUAAAAAGAAUGCCCUGGCUUCCCUUGCGGAAAAGUACCUCCAGUCUGAGUCCACGGUAUCAACUAGUAAGGACAAGGGAGAAGCCGCGGCACUCUAUUUCUUAGCUCAGCACUAUAACUACCAUCUCAGUAGAGACUUGACCAAGGCUAUGAGCUACAUUGAAAAGGCCAUCGAAAAGGAUCCCAAGAGCGUCGAUUUUCACAUGACAAAAGCGAGGAUCCUAAAGCACAGCGGUGAGAUUCAGAAAGCUACAGAAAUGAUGGACAUAGCGCGAAAGCUCGAUCUCAAAGACCGUUAUAUCAACAGCAAGGCUGCAAAAUAUCAACUUCGAAACAAUGAAAACGAUCGAGCGCUCAAGACCGUCGGCUUGUUCACACGGGCAGACACUACAGGGGGGCCAUUAGCAGAUCUUUUGGAUAUGCAGUGCGUCUGGUAUCUGACAGAAGACGGGGAGGCUUAUGCUAGACGAGGAAAUAUAGGCCUGGCUCUUAAACGCUUUCAUGCCGUGGCUAACAUCUUUGAUGUUUGGCAAGAGGAUCAAUUCGAUUUCCACAGCUUCUCCCUUAGAAAAGGCCAGAUCCGAGCCUAUGUUGAAAUGCUUCAAUGGGAAGACCAUAUCCGUGACCACCCUUUCUAUUCACGGGCUGCACUUGAUGCCAUCAACUUAUAUGUAGAAAUGGCAGACAAGGCGUCUACAAAUGGGCUCAAUGGAACUGGCAGUGAAAAUGGAGAUGAUGUACUGGCGAAGAAGAAGGCAGCGAAGAAGGCGAAGAAGGAACUUCAGCGUUUGGAGAGAGAGUCGGCCGAGAAGCAGGCCAAGCAGGACCCAAACAAGGGCACUCAAAGUGGUGAAGCUAAGAAGGACGAUGAUCCGUUAGGUUUGAAGCUUGCUGCUACCACAGACCCUCUCGGCGAGGCGAUGAGAUUUCUCAGUCCACUACUCCAGGCUUGCCCUAAGAGUAUCGACGCUCAGCAUGCAGGAUUCGAGGUUUAUAUCCGCCGACCUGGAUAUGUUGGUACGGCGUCUUGUGUUGGGAGCACCUCGGAACUCCAAUAUGGCCUAGUCGCGUUAAACGUCGGAUUCGAGAGGUUGAAGAGUCAUAGGUAA